UAAAGCUAAUAAACCUCGUAUGAGCGGAAUUGUCAAAUUGUCAAAACAGGCUGCAAACAAACAAACGAGUGCCGCUACAAACAAGGGUUUGGGAGUAAAAUUUAUCAUUUAGAUCGAAAUUACCGACUUUUGUAGGAGAAACAUUGCCAAGCAGAUCAUCAUAACCUCAAGAUUGAAAGGACGCGCACAUUUCGCCUGAAACAUGUCUGGAAUACUUUUCGAAGACAUCUUCAACGUUAAAGACAUGGAUCCGGAAGGGAAAAAAUUUGACCGAGUCAGUCGUCUGCACUGUGAAUCAGAAUCAUUCAAAAUGGAUCUUAUACUGGACAUCAACUCUUGGAUUUAUCCAUUUGAAUUGGGGGACAAAUUUCGCUUGGUGCUAGCGACCACACUGCACGAAGAUGGCACGGCAGCAAGCAUGGAGUACAAUGCAGCGGAAAUAGAGGGAUCUCGUGCGGACAGUUUCGAAUACGUAAUGUUCGGGAAGGUGUACAGGAUCGAGGGAGAUGAUUCACAGACCGAAUCCUCCAAUAGGUUGUCUGCCUACGUUUCGUUCGGUGGUCUAUUAAUGCGAUUACAAGGAGAUGCAAACAAUCUGCAUGGUUUCGAGAUUGACCAGUACAUGUUUCUGUUGAUGAAGAAGCUGGCGUUUUAGGUUGCAUUCGUACCUAUGGUUCCAUUUGAUUGUGUCGAAUAAAUUGUAUAUUCUUCUACCCGGGACGUGUAAUGCGGACUAUUAUUGUGGUAAAAUUUUCGAUAGCCGAAUCCAUAAAUAUAUGUUAGGUGCCACGCUUGUCAUCAUCAGCAGAACGACAAGAAACGAAGAAAGCAUGCUGAAAUCAAUUGGGAGCGGAUAUAUGAAACUAUACAGGAAUAUGAACAGACCACUUACCACAACCAAGAAACACUUCGAAUUUCGGAACUUUGAGAAGAAUCCAUCUGUGGCUAAGCAAAAGCUUUUACGAUUGCAGAGCAUGCUCUGAAUGAGUGUUGUGUUUCUACCAAACAAACACUUCACAUAAUCAACUAAGAAGGCGAUCAGCGAUUUCAAUAUGUGAAGAAAGAUUUAUCUUUUAUUUUCAUUUUGCACAUAAAACGCAUUAAAAUCACGAACAUGAGCAUCCAGAAAGAUACUACGAAAGUUAAUCAACCGAAAUAACCACAACACCAUCUCCACGCCGAUUGUCGCGUCGCAAAUGAUCAUCACGAAAACGAACAUUUUUCUGAAAGUUGAUACCAAGAGAACAUACUAGGCAAGAGGUAACACUAAUCCUGGUGCGCAUCCGUUUGCAUACCUUUCGGCUAAUUAAAUGAAAACGUAGUACGCUAUAAAAAUUAAUAUUUGACAAUAGGUGGCGCUAAAAGCAGUACAGUAUGUUUCUGUCAAAUCUCACACAUUUCCGGCAAACCGAAUACAUUUCCGCAUUGGGUCGGAACAAGUGCCGCCCUUUAAACGUACCGUUGUAGCAAUGCGGCCAGACCGUUCUUUAUGAAUAAAACAAAAGUACCGUUGAGUUAUUUUCGUGAGCGCAGCUUUUAUUUUCUCACAAAAGACGUAUUUAUUUUAUGUAUUUGAAAUAGGUAUCAUCGUUAAAAGACGUUAUAAAAAGCGAAUGAAUAAAUUAGCACACCGCGGAGAUUAAUUCCAGAUCCAUAUACUUAAUGUGAUGCUACCCUCGAGGUAGACAUGUGUCAGGCUUUUUUCCAGAUCAGGUCAGAUUCGUCUGUUUGUAAAAAUUGGAGCAAGUAGUCCGAUUCCCCUUCGCUGGCACGUAUUUGGUUAUUGGUGGUGUUGUAUUCCAGGUAGCGGUAUCCAUCAUGCCGUUUGUUUUACAGCUUAUCUGAGUAUAACUCAAUCGUCGCUUAACUUUUUCAAACCAUCCUUAAUGGAAUGCUUAAUUUUUGAUCCCGUCUCCUUGAUUGUAUCGGAAGCAUCCUCGUCGACUUGAAUCACUCCAUAAUAAAUAGCAACGGCAAUGGCGAUGGCGAAAAGAAUACAGC